UCAGUAGCUCAGAGACACGGCUGUGUGUCGGAGUGGGAGAUGGACUGAGUGAGGGCGCUCUCCAACAGCCAAGCCGUUAGCAUCGAGAUACCCACUGCUCCAGUCAAAUCAGAGACGAAUGUCAGGCUGCUACCAACACGACAAAACCUAGUAUCCCUACUAGUCUUUCACAUCCCACUCAAUCACACUAACACGGCAUUGAUGGUAAUGUAUGCAAGGAAACAACCGAGACUCGGCGAUGGGUGCGACCGAAGAGAUUCUCAGCCCUAUCAGACCCUUAAAUACUCAUCUAAGAGCCAUCCAGGAGGAGACCACCGGCAUGAUAAGAUGCGCAGCGACUCCGAUGUCACUCCUCCAUGCAAAGUGCUGCGGAGGUCUGAUAGCCCUGACAACAAACACAGUGACAGCACCGGGCACAGCAGAGGGAAGGCCGUCCAUGCACAUCGGGCCCGGGAAAGGGAUGGAGGGACCAGUAAUUCACCACAAGAAAAUUCUCACAACCACAGUUCCCUUCAUAGCUCCAACUCUCACACAAACCCUGGCAAAACCUCAGACACACCUCACGAACCAGGCGACGAUUGGUCCGAACACAUCAGCUCCUCUGGAAAGAAGUACUACUACAACUGCAGGACAGAGGUGUCCCAGUGGGAGAAGCCCAAGGAGUGGCUUGAGAGAGAGCAAAGACAAAAGGAAUCCACAAAGACCGCAGUUGUCAAUAGUUUUCCCAAAGACAGAGAUUACAGGAGAGAGGCCAUGCAGGCAGCAGCAGCCCCCAGCUUUGGAACCAAGUCUGCCCAGGGGGAGAAGCCCUCUGCAGCGGCCCAGUCUUCAUCCUCUGCCUCUGGGACCUUGAACCCCUCCAGCGCACCCUCUGGUUCCUCCGCCUCUACUGUCCCUGUGUCUCCCGUGCUUCAAUCCACAACCCCUCCACUACUCCAGGACCCCAGCCUUCUGCGACAGCUCCUCCCUGCCCUGCAAACCGCCCUCCAGCUCAACAACACCAGUGUGGACAUGGCCAAAAUCAACGAAGUUCUCACAGCUGCGGUCACACAAGCGUCACUGCAGUCGAUGCUUCAUAAGAUCCUCACUGCCGGACCCUCAGCGUUCAACAUCACUACUAUCCUCUCGCAAGCGGCUCAGCUCUCCAGCCAGGCUGCUCAGCAGUCCAACCAGUCGCCAAUGUCAUUAACGUCAGAUGCCUCGUCACCACGGUCAUACGUGUCCCCUCGGAUCAGCACGCCACAGACCAACGCCGGGCCCCUGAAACCUCUGCUCAACACACAGCCCGUCAUUGCACAGGCGAAGGUGAGCUCCUCAGUGAAGCAGUCGUCUCACCCUCAGCCCUCCUCACAGCCGUCUGCCUCCAGUGAGAAGCAGCACAGCCACGAUGCUACAAACGCCUCCCCUCGGACACUGCAGCGCCAGGGCAGUCAGAGGAGUCCCUCUCCAGGCCCUAACCAGCUGUCCAACAGCACGUCCUCCUCUGCCACAGGCUCUCGGGCCUCCUGCUCCCUCACCCCUUCCCUAUCUGCACACUUUAACGACAGCCUCAUCAAGCAUGUGCAGGGCUGGCCCGCAGAGCACGUCGAGAAGCAGGCCUCCAGACUACGUGAAGAGGCCCACACCAUGGGGAGCAUCUGCCUCUCAGACAACUGCACAGAGCUCAAGAACCUGAGGUCUUUGGUCCGAGUGUGUGAGGUGCAGGCCACGCUGAGAGAGCAGAGGAUACUGUUUUUGAGACAGCAAAUCAAAGAACUUGAAAAGCUGAAGAACCAGAAUUCGUUCAUGGUUUGAGGACUGUUGGCUGUAGACGUGUAUAAGGAGAAUAUUGCACAGAGGAGCUGGAGGCAGAGCAGUUGUUGAGUUCUCUGGAGCCCAGCCCGCACACAGGAGCUGCAGUAGGCCUGCUCUGGCCUUCUUUGGACCGCUGGGCUGGGAGCAUCCAGGAGAGCGCGAGGAGCUGCUGAGGCCAGGGGACAUAAGACUUUAAUGGCGGAAACCUGUAGAUUUGUGUAGAUGUUAUUAUCUAUGUUGUAAAUAUGUUUUGUAGAUUGAAGCCAUGGAAAGCCAUGUCUAUCAAAGCUUUUGACAUCCAAACUAAUCAACGCUUAGGCGGCUACGUUCAUUAGCUAGCCUUUCUUUCAUGUUCACUUGUCUGCAGUUGAGAGUUCAUGCUGUCAGUCAGUGGAGCACCGAACCAGUGUUAUCUGCACAAGGAGGACCUGUAACAAUACUGCUGUUUAUCUGCACCUCAACACUAAAGCUAGAAGCUAGUCCUGCUCCUAAACCUCUGAGUUCACAUCCUGCUUUUAUCUUAGUACCAAAGAUGUGGUACGAGCACUUUCCAAUUACAGUACCAACUACUGUUGAUCAUCAUAAAUACUGCUUUUACCGGGGCACUGUAAUCAUUUGAUCAUAGUGCCCAAGUUCAUCAGAAUGAAGACUUUACUGACAGCAGGUGAAUUGCAUUACAAAGACAGGAGUGUCCCUGCUCCUACUCCUGCCCCUGCGUCCUGCUGUAGCACAGGACAGGUCCUCUUGGGUGCUCCUCUGGUUCAGUGGUCUGCUCUAGCUUCUGGUGGCCCUGCAUUUCCAGUCUGAAUAAACUACAGUGCCUGGUGGUGUGCUAGAGUGAGUGAUUUUAAACGGUGAGUGAGAUGUUUGGGCGUGCUGCUUUUGGACCACCCCGGCCUUCUCCGCCCUGCAGCGUCUCUGCACCUGCCGCGCCUCUGCACCUGCCCCACUGGCCGGGGCAUCUGGGUCAUUCCUUUGUACAGACAGAACACAGUUGUCAUGAAUGCUUUCGUAUGGCAGUAUGAUGACACAGGUUAGAGUUCAGUCACAGGCAAGGUGUGGGCAGAAGCGCCUCAACAGUCCGCAGGGCAACGAGAGGUCAAAGGUCAAAUGUGAAAUGUAUGUAUUGUAAUAAACAUAUUCAACUAA